GCGCGUGCUGUAUGCAUGCAUGACGUCAUCAACAGUUUCCGAAAACAUGCCUUUCAGCCACUGUUGAUAAAGUCAGCAACUCAUUGAACUAUUCCUGCACUUAUGUGUUCGUAUACUAAAUACAUUACGAGAUAAUAGUAAAGCGGAGGUAACGUUACCUGCAGAUGCGAGUUAGCAGGACAGCUAAAUACAUCAAACCAGGAGGUUUCAAACCAGGAUUUCGGAGAUGUUGUUCUUUACUUUCACAACUAAUACAAAAUAGCUGCAUAAUCGGGUUCCAAUGGAGUUAUAGUAAGACCAAAGCAAUUGUGUCAUAUCGCACAGUAACCUCACCUGGGUGUCGGGGUAAAAUGGACUUUUAAAGUGUUUUAAAAUAUGGAGCCAUGUUUGAGGUCUGUGUGUCGAGAGAGUCUCAGGAAAGUGUCGAUGAAAUGCUGGACAUGGAGACCCGUGAAGUGCUCAAGAUCAUCUUUCAAAAGCCCUCUUACAGCAGCGUGUGGACGGACACAUCACAGCACUCUUCUGCCGAGAGCUCAGGGACCCUGUAGCACAACACGAGUAAAACAUUUAUUUCUGUUGCACGACUUCUGCUGUCGCCAAAGAGCCACAGAUGCAUCCCAGGCAGCCCUGUCUAGUGUGGCUCCAGUGUUUGUUGUGAUGAAAUUUCAGCGUGAUGGGAAUGUGACAUCAUUUGAAAAGAAGAAGACUGAAUUGUAUCAGGAGCUUAGUUUGCAGGCGAGAGAUCUGAGAUUCCAGCACUUAACAAGUAUUACGGCCCGGAACAAUGCCAUCAUCAUACGCAUGGAGUCCAUGAAGGCAGUGGUCACCCCGGAGUGUUUACUGGUGCUGGAUUUCCGUGGUCUCGGCCUGGAGAAAUGGCUGGUGUUAGAACUUGGGCCACAGUUGGCGGGAGAUGGAAAUUUGGCUACUUACUCCCUGCCCUUUGAGUUCAGAGCUCUGGAAGCCAUUCUGCAACACAGGGUGAAUUUGCUGCAGAUGCGACUGAAUGAAGUUCAGCCUCAGGUUCUGGAUUGUCUCGAGUCGUUGGUCGACCCAAAGCUCCUCUCUGCCGACCGAAGCAAACUCCAUUUGCUCCUGCUUAAUAGCAAGAGCCUUUCAGAGCUAGAGACGGACAUUAGAAUGUUUAAAGAGAGUCUGCUAAAAAUCCUGGAUGAGGAUGAACUGAUAGAUGAACUCUGUGUCACCAAGUGGAGCGACCCGCAAGUGUUUGAGGAGAGUAGUCUGGGUAUAGAUCACGCUGAAGAGAUGGAGUUACUGCUGGAGAAUUACUUCAUGCAAGCAGAGGAGCUUGGCAACAAAGCCAGAGAGCUGAAAGACCUCAUCGAUGACUCUGAAAGCGUCAUCUUCAUUAACCUGGAUAGCCAUCGGAAUGUCAUGAUGCGCCUGAACCUCCAGCUCACCAUGGGAACCUUCUCCCUCUCCUUAUUUGGUCUGAUGGGUGUGGCUUUUGGAAUGAAUUUAGAAUCUUCCUUUGAAGAGGACCCACGUGUGUUUUGGUUAGUGACCGGGUUCAUGUUCCUGGGCAGUGGACUAAUCUGGAGAAGACUUCUCUCUUUCCUGGGCCGACACUUAGAACCCAGCUCUCCACCUCCUAUUCCCCCUGUUUGGAGGAAAAACCAUAUUGGCACCUUAAAAGGAACGGACGUUAAACCUGGAAUUAGAUGAUAGUGUGACUGCUGUGCUUUCAAUAUCUUCUCUGUAUCCC